UUUGUUUAAUCUGUGUAUUAAAUUCAUUAAAUUCGUUAUCUCAUGGAAUCCCAGAAUUUCAAUUCAAUGUGCCCGAUUUAGUUGUUACAAUCGAUAUUCAACGACCCAAUCAGGAAUUUCAGAGAAAUUUAACUGAUGGACUAGAUAAAGAAUCUGAAAUUCAAUUGCUAAGGGCAGUGCUGAAGAAUCUGUGGCACGAAUUAGAUGGAACUGUUAAAGUAUUAGGUAGACGCAAUUGUGCCGAGGCCAAGUCGAGUGGGAUCUACGAUAUAGCCAUUCCCAACUUUGUAAUUCAAAACUUUCUAGUAGUAUGCGAUGCGGAAACUCAAGGAGGUGGAUGGACAGUUAUCCUGAGAAGGAUGGAUGGAAGCGAGAACUUUUACCGCAACUGGGCUGAUUACAAAGAGGGAUUCGGUGAUUUGGAUGGUGAAUUCUUCAUGGGUCUGGACAAGAUUCAUGCAAUGACGGCGGACAGAAAACAGGAGCUACUUGUUCUUCUGGAGGACUUUGAGGGAGAAAAACGAUUUGAGAAGUACGAGGAAUUCGCAAUCGGUGACGAGGACCAAGAAUAUGUAUUACACACUCUGGCCAACGCCACUGGAACUGCAGGUGAUUCACUCUCAUAUCAUCGUGGCAUGAAGUUUACAACAUUUGAUCGGGAUAAUGAUCGGUUAAAUGGGAACUGCGCCAAAGGCGGCAGUGGUGCCUGGUGGUACAAUUAUUGUCAAAGCAGCCAAUUGACUGGAAAAUAUAAUGACACUGGAAAUGACAAAGGCAUCACUUGGGACUAUUUUCGGGGUUUCAAAUACUCUCUUAAGAACGCCGUUAUGAUGAUUCGGCCCAAAAAGUAAAUUCUAAGUCUGUUAUUUAUUAAAAGCAGUUUCACUAGGUUAAUUUUAAGUAUGGAAAGGGAGGAAUCUCUCUAUCUCCAUUAUAAUAUGUAUAUUUCUUUAGGAUUUUAAUAAAAACAAUUGUACUUCUCUGUAUA